AUGGCUUCAGGAUAUGAUAGAGCGUUGUCUGUUUUCAGUCCGGAUGGUCAUGUCUUCCAAGUCGAAUAUGCUCUCGAAGCCGUCAAGAGAGGAACAUGCGCCGUUGGAGUAAAGGGCAAGGAUAUUGUCGUUCUAGGAUGUGAGAAGCGUUCCGCAAUGAAGUUACAAGAUACCCGUAUUACGCCAUCAAAAAUUGGUCUCGUCGAUACCCACGUUUGCCUAGCUUUUGCAGGUCUCAAUGCCGAUGCAAGAAUCUUGGUCGACAAGGCAAGAUUAGAAGCACAAUCGCAUCGUCUUACAGUGGAGGAUCCAGUUACAAUAGAGUACAUCACGAAGUAUGUGGCUGGUGUGCAACAAAGAUAUACACAAAGUGGUGGUGUUAGACCGUUUGGUAUUAGUACUUUGAUUGUUGGAUUCGACCCCAAUGAUCAGACUCCAAGAUUAUACCAAACAGAGCCAUCUGGAAUCUACUCCGCAUGGAAAGCCAAUGCUAUCGGUAGAUCAAGCAAGACUGUACGAGAAUUCCUAGAGAGAAACCACAAGGAUGAUAUGGAUAGGGAAGCUACCAUCAAAUUGACAAUCAAGUCUUUACUGGAAGUUGUCCAAACUGGAGCGAAGAAUAUUGAGAUUGCUAUCAUGGCACCAGGCAAGCUCAUUGAGAUGUUGCCAGUGGAGGAUAUUGAGAAAUAUGUGAAGGAUAUCGAGCAAGAGAAAUCCGAGGAAGCUGCUAAGAAGAAGGGUGGUCGAUCGGGAGGCACCACUUCAAUCUUGGCGAGAGGACCUGAUGAUGCUGCUGCCCAAUAA